UCCAACAUGGUUGUGUUUCGGUCAGAUCCGUGUGGUAUCACCUGCAUAAUAAUUACUUACAUCGCUGUUCUUUACGCCGAUUAUGUCGUCGUUCGACAUUUGGUCAUUCCUUCGAUGUCUGAGACUUUCUGGGGAGCAGUUCACGUCGUUGCGUUCAAUACAAUUCUGUUCCUGCUGGGGAUAUCUCACAUGCGGGCGGUGAUGUCUGACCCUGGUGUCGUGCCCCUCCCCACCACCAGCAUUGACUUCUCGGACAUGCACUCGGGAAAACAGACCAAGAACUCGGGUGACGGGUGGACUGUGUGCAUGAAGUGCGAGACGUAUCGGCCGCCGCGAGCUCACCACUGCCGUGUCUGUCGUAGAUGCAUAGGAAGAAUGGACCAUCACUGUCCAUGGAUCAACAACUGUGUUGGAGAAAUGAACCAAAAAUUUUUUAUUCAGUUUUUAUUUUAUGUAGGGAUGGCAAGUGUUUAUGCUGUUACCAUGGUGAUAGUGGCCUGGAUAGUGGAUCCCACCCCAGUUGAAAAUAUCCGCCAUAUCAAAUUAUUGCAUUCCAUAAUUCUGGUCAUAGAGUCCAUCCUAUUUGGCCUGUUUGUUAUAGCAAUAGGAUGUGAUCAGAUAUCGUCAAUUUUGAAUGAUGAAACAGCUGUAGAGCACGUGAAGCGAGAGGGACCACGUCGUCAGAAGAAAUCAACGAUGGCUUUGUUCCAGGAAGUGUUUGGUAGAGGUCACCCAUUGGUGUGGAUGUGCCCUCUGCACUAUGACCCUGUGACCCCAGAAGUGCCCAUGCAUUACAAUGUGUGACAGGUCAGAGGUCAAGGUCAAGGUCGGCUGUGUGAAUGUGAAGGAUGCCAGGAAGGAUAUGUUUUUAGUAUUUAUAACAUUGAUGUGUCAACAUGCAAGGAAUCUGUCGUCAUCCAUUGCAUAUAGAGCUGGCAACAUGAAGGUUUUUGUACUCGAUAUUUGAGCCUUGUCAGUUUAUUUGACCAUAUUAUCAUCAGCACUCACAGACUCUCUACAGGUACGGCACAUAUAUACCCAACAAUAAAAGUUAUGUUUGUCAUUGUUCAUACAGCCUUAGCAAAGCAGUUGUUUUAUUUAGAUUAGUUCAUU